UGGGCCCCAUUUCCGGUAGUUGCCCACUUUAGCCCAGUCAACCCCUGCCAUUAGUUCGCCCGGCGCGUCGGGGCCACUCUUCAGACGCGUUUUCCUAAUGGGCAACUUCGGCCCCUGCCGACUCUCUACCUUACUCUGUACGGAGUCCAACUAAGACACCCACCUCAAGCACCUCAGAGGCUGUCGUUACUCACUGAAGUUGAUUGGCCCCGCUCCCGUUAAACAAAGCGACGUCCAUUCAAUGACCUUCAUCUCACUCAUACAACCUCGCAAUCAGCAAUAAGAAUUAUACGAAAAUGCCCGCCGACGACCGAAGCGGGAAGCAAGCCGCGGCCCAGCAGGCUGUUGACAUCUUGCAUGAGAUCUCUACCAUCCUCAACUGCCACCUGGACCGCCGCACGCUGUCGAUCUGCAUUUCCAUGAUCGAGAAUGGCGUUAACCCAGAGGCCCUUGCCACCGUCGUGAAGGAGCUCAGAAAGGAAUCCCAGGAGGUCGACGCCCAAAUUGCAUCGCGGAGGCGUCAAUAAGCGUGUUGUAUUGAGAUGGGAGAGUCUGCUAUGAAAGUUACGACAAUGGGCAAGGAGGAGGAUGAUUCAUGGAC